UUUUGUGCUGUUUUGGGUUUUCGAAUUCAUCCUUUUUAUGGAUUUGAUUUUCAAGUAGUGUAGUCAACUGGUAUGUUUUAUUUAAAUAAAUAAAUUAUCAUUUAAAACAGCUCUCUGUGACAUGUUAUAGACUAAAAUCUGCAAAACUAGAAUCUGACCCCAACAUAGUUUGCCAAAAGCCAGACAGAUAAUGCCGACAAUAUACAUAUUUGCGGAUAACAUUAAAAAAAACCUUAAUUUCAGUAAAUUCCAUACUUCACGAUGAUGUAUAUUACAAGUUUCAUACAGAAAGUGAAUUCAAUGUUACCAGUUUUCGAGAAAACAAGUGAAAUUAAUGGAUCGGGGCUGCGCUUGUCUGGGCGUUGUAUCUCUGUGAUCUGAGCAGACAGCGCCUACCUCACUGCACACCAGAACUUGAGUAGACAGACUGAUUACUUCGAGAUAAUGCUAAUAUUUAGUAGACAAAAUACUUGGUAUUAUUUAUCACUGCCUCUGUUAUAGGAUUACUCUACUUGUAUCAGUUUUAUAUAAAAAAUCGGCUUACGUCCCUUGGAUAAAACUUAAACUUCGAUUAAGUACAUAUUUUAAAUUACUUACUUUAAUUAAUGAGAUACUGUUUACAAUACAAUAGUUACUAAGGUUUUUUUUGGCCACACAAUACUAUGUAAAUUGCUCUAAAGAUAUCGGAAGGUCAGAAUAAUCUUAAUGCUAAAUGGAGUAUUUACAUAAAAUUCAACAUCAAUGGUAGAAUGUCUUCAAUUAAUUAAUAUGAUUAGUAUCCAUAGUUUUUAAAAAAGGAUUUUUUUCUUACCUAUUUAAGUAACAAUGCGAUUUAUGUUUGCAAUAAAAACGUAAUUUGCAUAGCCGUGACGGCUGGCAAAUUAUACGGUGCCACUUUCAUUACACUGUUUACUGUCUUGUCACUGUUGACUCAUAAUAAAAUAUGAACAGUCAUAAUUGAUUUGCAAGUUUAGGAGGAAAUUAUAAUAAUAAUUACAUACUUGCAUUUAACUGUUGUCGCAUAUUUACCACAUACUAACAACAUCAACAAUUCUGGAUAUUGGUAAUCAUCCACUACGAAAUGUAGAGUAAUUACAAGCUGUUGUCUACGACAGUUAAUUGUGGUGGCACUAAUUAAUUCAUCCGAUUACGCACUCGUGCGUAUGCUUUGCGGUGAUGUCAACAAACCCUCAGUUUCCCGGUGCUCCUGUGCCCCACCACGUAGAAAGUGAAGGCGCCACCGUCUCCGGCAGCGACGCGCGCGCAUCUGACACACGCGGCUCGGCGACGGACCACGUCGAACGCCGCUCUUCAAAUACAUUCGAACUUCGAACUAAUUCUGUUACUUUUGAACUUGUGUCAGUGUUGCAAGCUGAAAAACCGUUACAAUGAAGAUUUUCGUUUUUCUUGCACUCGUGCUUUGCGCGUACGCGGCUGACGUGAAAGAGACAGAAAAAGCAGCGGAGCCUGCGAUAAACAAGGAGAAGAGACAAACACAAGGCGAACUUGUGCACACCCAUCUCGGAUACAGGACUGCUCGCAAACAGGAACAAGUUGCACCCGUUGAAGAGCCCCAAGACGACGAUAAAGGACUCAGUCGCUCCGAUAGUGAACAGUACCGUCCAGGCCAAGUGUUCUCCCUGAACGCUCAGGAACUGCUAGAGCUCCAGCCAGAGAGGAAGGCUCCGCUGUCAAGCAAUCAGCUGCUGCAGCAACUGUACAGCAGCCCGCAGCAGGAGCACAAGCAGAACCUCCAGCAGAUCUACUAUUUGGAACCACAGAGCGCACGUCAGGUAUCUUACCAACCAUCAUCUCAUGCUGUGAUCGCUCGUCCCGACUACUCUUCGAAUGGAGGUGAAGCCUCAGUCGGAGCCGCUUUAUCAGUUAGUGACUCAGGAUCGAACCCUGACCCUUACAACCAGGACCUACUGGCCUUACUUGGACAGCCCCCCGUGAGGCAAACGGAGGAACCCCGUCAGCAGCUUUAUUCCCAGCCCCAACAACAGCAUCUGCAGCAAGUACAACAGACAUCCAAUGUUCAAAGUGUUGCACCUCAAUAUCAGCAGGUGGACAGAUACAUUACCAAGCCAAGCAAGAAGUCGAAACUCCGAAACAAAGCUCAGAUCGCUCCUCCUCAGCCAUCUGCUGCUCCUCAGCAGUAUCUGAUUGAGACUACCAACGUUCAGCAGCAACAAUCACCCCUUUACCGUACGGCGCCUCAGCCCCAGCCUCAGGCACAGAGAGCACCACAAGCUUUACGUUACGUCACCUUCCAACAGAGUCCCGCUGUAUCACAGCAAGUGCUGUACGAACGUCCCGAAUCUCAAGGUUUGAAAGUAGUCCCAGCGCCGAAACUCCAACAGUUGCAACAACAACAACCUAGAGCUCAACUGAACUACAGACUGGUACCUCAAUACCAGCAGCAAGAGGCUACACCUAAGCAGUACAGGAUCAUCGAGGCACCACGACAAGCCAUCAGACAACAAGAACAUCGCCUUCCGAGCCAGAGUGUCGAACGUCCCAUUGCGUAUUUGAAACGUUUCCCCGAUCACGAGAAGAUGAGAUCUGUGAAAAUCUACGACCCAAUCUCCGAAGGAGUACCUCAACAGCCUGCUCAAAUUAUUGGUGAACAAUACUUCCUGCGUCCGUUGUACAGAGGUAUUGAACAACAACAGCAACAGCGUCCGAGAUACGAACAGCCAGCUCAGAAAUCCGACCAAUCCAGGGUUUUGGAACCAGCGAAACCACCACAGUCCUCUAUUUACGUGAGCAAGAACGUGGCUGCAGCUAGAAAGCAAGCGAGACCCCAACCAGCUUACCGAGAACAGCCGACGAGUGUUGAACAGGUGAACCUAGAACAGCAUGGCCAGAACUUAGACGAACAGAGAGCUCAACUUCCUCCUCCUAAGAACAACAAGGCGUAUACUCCUGAGGAGUUCGCAGCGUUGGUAGCAGCUGGCUACGCAGUUACCCCAGUUCCAGUCAGCGCACUGAACCUCCAAGAGGCGCAGUCCAGGUCAUCAGUAGAAUCUGUCACGAUGUACCCCAAACGACGAACCAUUUUAGCAAGCAGACGUCAUCAAUAUCUCCCUCUCCGAGGAGACGACGCGCCUUAGACAUACUCACCACGCUGUAAAUAGGUUAGCUAUAGAUAUGUAAAAUAAAUAGUGAUAUUCGUUUAA